AUGACCUCUCCACCUUUCGCGUUUUUUGUCUCUCUUUUACGCGAGAUUCGCGGCCAUAACAACUCGGUUCUUCGUGUUUUCAACCGUUGGGUUACGCGGCUUCGGACUGACUUUCCGGACCUCGCAGAAGGCUCUACUGUCACUCUAUUCCGAUUUCUCUUCCCAGAAGAGGACUCUCGCCGCAAGUAUGACAUGAAAGAGGUCCGACUAGCCUCUGCUAUUGCCGAUUGUUUUGGCAUAUCAGCCAAAACACUUGAGGGAUGGACGACAUCUGAACAUGGCUGUCUAGGCAUGCAAGUAGAGAAUGUUUUGCAGCUGACCUCCUCGUUCGACUCAGCCUACAUCAGUUCGCUCAGUAUGAGCGAGGUCGAUGACUUACUUGACGAACUUGCGGCGAACUCUGGAUUUACCGACAGCGCCCUACGAACCAAGUACCCACCUUCCAAUCGCAGAGACCGCAGUACCAUCAUUCGAUUGCUCUAUCGCUCGCUUCCGCCCUCAGAAGCUGGGUGGCUGACUCAGAUGAUUUUAAAGGACCUUCGUCCGAUGCUGUAUCCACUUCAAGAAACGCAUUACUCUCGUGCUCUAAAGACGCACAACUCUGUUUCGGUGGUGGAACUGGCAUGCAAAGACGCAAUGAAAGUCUGGGAUCCGAGCCUUCAUAUGCUCCAUGGCUAUCGCUUACGGUCAAGACUGGAGGAUGCUGCACGAGCAUUUGAAAGGGGAGAACCUAUCUCUUGGAACCCACAGUGUGGCGAGCCUGUUCCAAUCCCCAAAGCUAGAAAAGGUCGAGGGUGUGACGACGCUCUUGCGCCUCUUCGAUCGUCUACGGAAAUCUGGGCCGAGACAAAAUAUGACGGUGAACGAGCUCAAAUCCAUGUUCAACUCAGCAACGAGGACAAACCUCGUAUCACAAUCUUCAGCAAGAGCUUGAGGGAUUCCACGUGGGACCGUUAUGGUAUUCAUGAGCUCAUACUCGAGUCUCUUUAUCUUGCCCCCAACUACAAAUCGUCGUCCAUCACCUCAGAUGUGAUUGUGGAAGCUGAGAUGGUCGCAUGGCAUGGCGACAAGAUGGAUGAAUUCUGGAGGAUUCAUAGUCUUGUUGAACAUACUGCUCGAAGCGUCCGCCACGCCCCGCUGGGCGAGAGCGAAGAAGGCUAUACGCAGGCUUCUCUUAGGACAGACAUCUCAGACCGGCAUCUAGGACUCGUUUUCUUUGAUAUUCUUCUUCUCAACGGAACCUCGUUGUUGAACAUGGCCUAUUCUUCUCGUCGUUCGAUUCUCGAAUCCAUCAUCCAACCACUGCCAACACGGUCUAUGUUGACUACUCGAGUCAAAAUUGCGUUGGAAGGUCACCCACCUGAAGGAUUCGCCACCAUUGAAAAUACCCUUGCUACCCACAUUGCGAGUGGGGAAGAAGGGCUGGUGCUCAAGGCCGCCGAAUCGAGAUAUAACGACUGGCGUUUGCCGUGGGUCAAAUUCAAGAAGGACUACAUUCCUGGCUAUGGCGACACAAUAGAUUGUGUCCUGUUGGGCCUUGGUUGGGAUAAAGACAGGGCUCGGGAAUUACGAGUUUCCACGGACUGUUAUACCACGUUUUACUUUGGUGGUCUUCGCAACGAGGCCGAUAUCAAGAAAGACCCCACGAUUCACCCGCAUUUCUAUCUGUUUUUCACGGCUUCCUAUGGUCUGAGUCGAGACGAUCUUGAGGAAAGCAACUUUUAUUUGCGAGCUGUCGAGACCGUUCCCUGGUCGAGUGCUACGAAGCAACCUGCUGGUCUGCCAUUCACAUUCACAAUGCUCAAGGAUUUGACGCCGCCUUCACAUAUCCUCGUGACACCCCUCUUAUGCGAGCUGUUCGGUGCUGGGUUUACCAAGGCACCCCACAGCAGGUCAUAUGCGUUGCGCCAUCCGCGCAUUGUGAAACUCUUUCGGCCACAUGAGAGGACUUGGAGCGAUGGGGUUACGCUCAGUGCUUUGCACAAGAUUGCUCAAGAGAGCAUGGGGCGAGAUAGGUCCGAUAAAGACGUGGACGACUGGGUUAACACAACCUGGAAUAAGCCCGUCUCACCUACGGCUGCAGUAAAACGCAAAGCAACGAUUGAGAAGUGGGAGCAGAAGCUGGUCUCUGAUCGUAGCUUUAAAGUACCCCAUACAAGGUCCAUGGUGUCGCUGCAACCCGAACUAGCUAUGCCUUCCGAGAGCAGAAUUGUUGUCGGCUCGAGCCAACAAACAGCCACAAAGGAGACUACCGACAUCCAACUCAAACCGGGUUCAUCGAAUGGUGACCUGCCCAUACUUCUGCAAAAUGCCGCCGUAUUUCUUGCUACACAGAACAAGAAGCUACGACAUCAUUGGCAAGGAAUUUUGCCUGCAUCCAACACCGUUCAUUGUCUUGAAUCGCUUUUCGAGGCGUGCGGUUGGCUGACAGACGACCAUUCCCAGUCAAAUCCAUCUAUCAAACGAGGAAUCGUGUUGCUUUCGGUCGAUGAGACCAGGGAAGAUCUUGUUCGGGAAAUUCAUGACCGCAAAUUACUCUGCGCUGGUCCCGCGAGUCUCAAAUCAAUAUGGGUCCUCGCUGGGUGA